AUGCAUGACCCCUCCAACUUGCGCGGCCUGACAUCAGGCGCUUCUUCUCUCGGCCCUUCCGCCUUCCCCCUCUCUUCUCCGCUCCGGUCCACGUCCCCGUACAGAGCAGAUAGGCUGGCGCCGGCGCCGUCUGCCUCUUCCUCCUUUCCUGGCUUUUCGUCUCCCAUGCGAUCUGGGGCCGCCGGCGGAGACGGGCGCUCUCGCGGCUUCCCGGGGCAAGCGGGGUCGGCAGCCACGGUCGGCCGCGGCCUAGGCAGCAAGAAAGGACCGGGCGGCGUGCAGCAGCUUCUGGGAAAUGAAGAGGCGAAACGCGAAAGUGUGAAGACGAUCAUUCGAUUUCUCUGCUACUCCGGCUUCCCGCAACAACUCUCGCCCAAGGUUUUCGUCGCUCCUCCCCGAAACCUCCUCGUCGAAAUCUGGAACCACCUCCUGAGAAGAGCCUGCGACGACAGCGUGCAGGUGACGAACGAAAAUGCGAACGAAGAGGUUCCGCGGCUCUUCAAGGAGUUAGGCUCUUGGCUGCUGUUCCUCUGCUUCUUGCGCGGGCCCUCACCGUCUCGCCUGCUCGGUCUUUCGUUCGACUGCUGCCCUGUCUCCAGCUACCCCCUGACGAUCGCCAAGUCGUCGAUGCAGGCGCCGAACUCUGCGCAUCAGUGGCCGCUGCAUCUGCAUGCGCUCUCGUGGCUUUGCGAGCUGCUUAUCUACGAGUCGGAAGUCUUCAGUCGAGAUCCGCUGUUGAAUCCCGCGGUCGAGAAGAAGGACGCGAUGGCCGGAGCUGUCAUGAUUUCGCGAAUGCUGCUGAAUCACUAUCCUCAAUCGGGCAACGGCCGCGACCUGACGCAACUGCAGCAAGUCCUCUACUCCCAGAUGGAGCGAGAAGUGGAGCAACUGGAGAGGUCGAUCGCGAGUCGAGAGCGGCACCUGAAUCGCGCACAGCAGGAGCUGAGGAGUAUCUCAGCUGAGCUCGAGGCGAAUGCAGCUCUCCCCCCGGAGAUCGAUCGGCUCUGUGCAGAUCUCGAGAAGCUGAACGACGGCAUCAAGCAGCAGAAGACCGCGUCCGACCAGCAGGACAAAGAAAUCGACGCAAAGCAGAAGAGGCGGAGCGCCCUGCAAACUGAGAUCCGCCAAGUCGCUGCCGAGACAGAGCAUCUCGACGCACAAGUCAAGGAGCAAGGGAUCAGCAAGGCCGAAGUCGAGAAGAUCCGGAGCGAAAUUCACGCGCUUCGAGAAAAGGUGGCUCUACGCUCCAAGGACGUCGAAGCGCAGAAGCUACAGCUGACCAGCGUCGAGGACGAGAUCAACCGACGUGGCGAGGAGCUACGCAUUACGACAAGGACGGGCAACACCCUCCUGCAGCGGUGUAUGCAAGACACGGAAUCGGCCAAGUUCCCGUCGGAUGCCGCCUGGGCGUCUCUGGACAGAUUCGCGACGACAGCGUCUCUGCCUGCUGACUCCGACUCACCGUCUUCUUCUCUUGGAGCCUCGGCGCGCAGCAGGAGCGACGGCCGAGGGCGGUCGGCCUCUCAGCUGCCGCUCGCUGACGGGCGGGAGCGAGGAGGGCGGAUCUCUGUCACUUCAGCCACAGACUCGCCGCUCGCCACUCACGAACAGCUGCUCGGGGUUCGGUGGAAAGCGUGGAAGGCAGAGCUCCUCCGACUGGUCGACAGCGACAGGCACUUUGACGCGCAGAGUCGCCGUACCGACGAGAAGACUGCGGCGGAAAUCGAAAAGUUGAAGAAGACGCGCCAGCAGCUUGAGAGCGCUCGGCGAACAGAGGAGCGCAAGAUUUCGGUGUUGCGCGAGGACUUGCUGAAGGUGGAGGCUCAGAGAACGCAGCAGCAUCAAGUUCUCUCUGCCGAGAUCGAGACUCUGGAGCGAGGCGUCUCCGAGCACCGGCAGGCCGUGGAGGCGGCGCUCCUGAAGGCUGAGCGUCACGCGAACGAUUUGCGGCUUCUCUUCGAGACGAGGGAGAAGGAGAACGAGGCGGAAAUUGCAGAGAAGCUCGACGACUUGCGCCGGAUUCAAGAGGACGGCCUCAGCGAGAAACGCCGGAUCCUCCACGCUCUCCAAGACCUCGUCCAGAAAAAGGAACAAGUCUGUGUCGAGUACGAAAGAGACCUUGUCGCCGCUGUCGCUCGAAGCGAAAAAUACACUCAAAGCUGCUAA